GAAGGCGAGGGAGCGGAUAUUUACAACAUCGCGCUGUUUGUUGAGCUGCUGAGAUUUCUGUGAACAAGGUACAACAUCAUUCCGUUGUAUGGGCUCUGCUAAGUAUUUACAGAAAUGGCUCGGAAGACAUUCUUGUCGACUUAUGUUCUCCGAAAUGUACCCAUCAGGACAGCUGUCAUUGUAAUGCUCAUGGUUAUCUUCUUCAAAUAUGUGUUCACAUGCCCGUGCACAACACCCGAGGAAACUCUUCUGCACUGUUGGCUCUACCUGUCCCUGCCAAUAGGCAUACUGUUUUUUAUUAUGAUCCUGAUCGACGCCCGGCUUUUAAAGAUGUGCAGAUGUUAUGUGUGCAAAUGUUGCGUCGGCGGACAGAGGAGAUGCUGCAGGAGCGAGUGCUGCGAUACUUUUGAGUGUUGCUGUUGCGCCGGUGGUUACUGUUAUCACCCAGAAAGUUGUGGACAGGAAGGAUGGUAUUACUGUGGCAUGAUAUGGAAACACUUACUUAAUGUCUUUUAUGCGGCUUCGCUGUGGAUAGUCGUUGCAUUUAUCGACGGGGAUUGGUACGUUUGCAUCAGGACUGUUAAUGUGAACGGUACCGGGGAACAAAUAGCUUGCAAGGAUUUACCAACUCCAGAUGAGGCACAGAUUCUUAGAAAAUAUGACAGUGAAUCACGGGUAAUUGGCCUAAUUCUUAUUCUUGGGCUUUCAUUUUUGUUGACAAUAAGCUCAUCUUUCAUGACCCGAUGGAAGCCAUAUUAUAAAUCGCUCUUUGAGGGUUAUCUGAAGCAGGAGACGUCAGCCAUUCUGGAGGACAGACUACAUGAAAAAGCCGUGGAGAGAGCAAAGCUUGUCUGUGAGCAAUUACUGAGGAACACUCAAAAUCAACAUGUGACCACUACACAGGGUGAUGCCCGUCAUGUUCAGUAUCGUCAAUUAGGCAAUGCUGAGGAGGACAUGUGGCACCAAAUAUCAGACCCAGCAAUACAUGUAACUGUGUUUCGUGAUGGGUUACCAUAAGCAGUGUAAAAUUCACUACUACCUCUAUCUUGCCAAAGGAAUGUUUACCACUCGUUUGACAUUAAUUUGCAUGUUACAUGCCAUUUUAUAAUUUAUGGUAUGUUAUUGGUAUAUGUUAUGGUAUGUUUCUUAGUCUGUUAAAUACUGAGAAAUGAGCAUACUGACAACUUAAUUUUGCUCAUGUAUUUUACUAACCAAUGUAUGGAGCCCCUGAGAAAAUAGAAAUAGUUUUGCGUAACAUCGCAAUAAGUUUUGCAUUACCUCACAAUAGUGUACAUUCCCUCGCAAUAAAUUUACAAUGGUUUUACAACAGUAACUAUAUUUCAACCAUAUUACUAUUGUAGAAACAUGGUUUCUGCAAAAAAAAAAAAAAAAAAAAAAAACCUGGUUAGCCUACUAAAGUCAUUUUUAUGUAUUCUACAGUAUUACUAUAGUAAAACCAUGAUUUCUGCCAAAAACGAUGGUAACUACAUUCUACAAUAUUACUAUAUAAAAACCAUGGUUUCCACCAAAAAACAUGGUUACUAAAACCUACAAUUUUACUAGAGUAAAAACAUGGAACCGUCAUGGUUACUACUAUAGUAAAGCCAUGGUUUGCGCCAAAAAAACAUGGUUACUACAGUAUUACUAUAAUAAAACGGUGGUGGUAAAUGUUUUGCGAAAGAACGUAAAACUAUUGUGAGGUAAUGCAAACUUAUUGUGAGGGGACGCAAAACAUAUUGUGAGGGAAAACCAUUUAAUAUUGCAAAACUAUUUCAGUAAAAAAAAAAAAAAUCUCACCUGUUAAGGGGCACCAUACUAUAGCCUACCCAAAUAGUGAGAAUUUUCGCACCUUUUGGUUUUCCUCCGAUGCUACACUGGAGAACCUCCAGGCACCCUUUAAAGUAGUCUCAAAUAUCCAGUUUAGGGACUUCAGUAUAUUUCAGGUGCCUCAAAACAUUUGCCUUAUGAUGGGGUUAUUGAAGGAAUCUUCGUCUUUAGACUUCUGCAAGAACUAAGUUUCUCAGAGAUCUGCAAGGGUGACUGGAGGUUCUCCAGACGGUUCCAUCCGUGUGGCAUUUAAAGAGACCCAUAUGGUGCCUUGAGAAUCUUUACAUUUUUUAAAAGUGAAUCUAAAAUCAAAAAGAAGUUUGUUACCACUCUAAGGUUUACCUACAAGCUUUUGUUACAGCGCGUUUUUAUGAUAUAGUACACAUGCAAAAGAAAGAAAUAUUUCUUCAAAACAAGGACUUUUUGUCUCCAAAAGUGUUUCAUGACUGUGUACUGUGUCUUUUAGUACAGUGGAUGAGCAACUCACAGUGCAAAACAAUUGAAAGGUUUGCUUAACAAGCAAUGCCAAUGCGCUGUACAGCUUGACUUUGCAUGUUCAGUUGAUAUUAUGUAAUAGUGUCAUAUAAUGUCUAAAAUACUAGCACUGACUUCAACAUUUCUUGAAAUGGUCCUUUGUUCUAACUUUGAAUUGAAACACAAUUAAGCUACUUUUAAGCACUUUGCCUUGUACAAAAAAAAAAAAAAAAAAAAAAAAAAAGAAAGAAAAAGAAACAA